CGGCGAGGUUUCCGCUUCUCGGGUUGGACUCGGACCGCGGCUCACGAAAAACACCGUGUACAAGGUUGACGCACCAAGGUAAGGAAAAAAAAAAAAAAAAGCUAGAAGAAAGCGAACCAAAACGAGCAAGAAAGAUGUCCGAAUCCAAGUACCGCGAGUGGAUCCUGGACACUAUCGACUCGCUGCGGUCGCGGAAAGCUCGGCCGGACUUGGAGAGGAUCUGCCGAAUGGUCCGGAGGCGACACGGGUCCGAGCCCGACCGAACCUGCGCAGAACUGGAGAAACUGAUUCAGGAACAGACCGUGCUAAAAGUUAAUUACAAGGGCUCCAUUUCGUACCGAAACGCCGCCAAGGUUCAGCGGAGGAGCAGAAAAAAGGACGAUGUGACGUUAGCGACGGCUGCGAGAAGGAGCGCGGUGGAAGAAGCCAGUCAUUCUGACUUGAGCAACGGGGACAGCGCUUUCGGUCCCGUGGACCCGGACGAGGAGGACCUGGAGGCUGACACCUCGAUGGUCAUGGACACAGACAGUAAUGCAGACGAGGAAGGGGCCGAUGAGAGCCGGGACGGGCAGGACGGACCCUCUCCCGGUCGCACGUUUGAAGAGGCCGCCGUGCACUGUGCCUCUGCACAAGCCGUCUCUGCUCCCUGCUCCCCAUCUGGCACUCGACAUGGCCCCGGCCCGGGCCCCGACUGUGGCCCCGGUUCUGGUCUGGACUGUGCCUCUAUCCCGAAGGUUGGUGAGAGGCCCAGCUCCUUGCCCCCCUCCAGCCCCAGAGCCCUCGCACACAAUGAAUGGCCCUAUCAUUCUGCCGUCUGCCCAGUGGAGCGCCAGCACCCAGGAAUGCAGAGAGACAAAGCAGCAGCCGUGAAGCCAGCAAUCCACUCUGCAACGACCAGCCCCUGCACUUUAAAGAACCGGGUGAAGAAGGAAGAUGAAGGCAAGAUGGUGGAUAGUGGCCUUUUGUCUGACCAGUUGGUACCAGACUAUGCUGCAGGCCUGGAUGAGAGCAAGCAUGUGUCUGAAGGGAGACCACAGGGACUGCCUUUGCCAUCUGACAACUGUACAUUAAUAAAGAACAACAUAGAUAUAUCCGCCUUCACAGCAGACGAAGACAGCCUUCUGAACGGUGAUAAAGGGGACGAAGUCUCUGUGAAGAAGGAGAAGAUGAGCCAGAACUUAAUGCUGUGGACUGUGGCAGAUGUGGCCAGUUACUUCUCAGCUGCAGGCUUUCCAGAGCAGGCUGUGGCGUUCCGAACACAGGAAAUCGAUGGGAAGUCCCUUCUCCUGAUGCAGCGCAGUGACGUGUUGACUGGUUUGUCCAUCCGACUCGGCCCCGCCCUCAAAAUCUACGAGCGCCACGUGAAGGUGCUUCAGAGGACCCACUUCCUGGAAUACGACGACCUCUGAAGCGGCGAUUCACAUUGCAGCCGGACGAUGCUGCAUUGACCCCCCACACGUGCAUGCAGUGCCCUCUCCCAUCAACAUCCUGCCCCGCCACCUUCAUGUACAGAGUAUGUAGAGGGUGAGCGGGGGGUGGUGGGGAGGGGAAACGCUGCGGUGGAAUUUAACUUUCACUGUGAGAAUGACCAGAAACUGAUUUAAAAAAAAAAAAAAAAAAGUCAUCCUACCUCUCAUCACGGGCUUGGUUUUUCACAUGUUUUCUUUUCAUCCAUGUGCCGUUCAAUUGGACUGUCAGGGGAACAGACUGGACCGUUCAGACCAUGUUCCAAUUGGAGGAGCAAUGACCUUUUUGCAAGAGUAAAAUAUGGAUAAUUCAGCCAUUGAAGGGGACUGAGCCUUGCACCAAGUGGACCACAUAUGAGCUGAUUUACGCACAGAGACCCGCUGCACUGCGUAGGGUCCACCAGAAUUGUUGGUUCGGCUGUGGCUCUAAAAUGUCUCUCUGCAUCCUUGCUUGCUCCAUUCCGGUACGUUCUGUUAGUCCAGAACCUCACACAGACAAACAUAAAGCCCAUCUGUUGUUAGUUUCCCUUCUAUUCCGUUUGAUUAGAUGUCAUCAAAGUGCUGGGGAAGUCAGACGUUCUACAUAUCUGCAUCACAAGUCUGAUUCCUGACUUAUUAUGCCACCAAUAGCUGCUGAUGUUUGAUUAUGUCUUCAGUGUCUGUCAUUCAGAACACAAAUAUGAUAUACUACUAGCUGCUGGUAAGGCAAUAUUCUAUUUCUUGUAGUCAUAUUUAGAUCUGACUGUGGUCCCAACUUAAUAGAUUUUGGGGAACAAUUGCAGAUAGAUGUGACGAGGAAACCGUGCAGCCUAUUGGAAUUGGCUUUCAUACAUAAGCAAAAUAAAGUAAUACACCUUGGGAAACGUCAUUGUAAUACCGAAUAUGUUGUUGUAAAUUGAAUACAGCUGCUCAGUGUCGGUUUACACAGCAGACAUCUUGAUCAAAUGCAAUAUUUUAUGUUAUCGUCCAUUUAUAAUUUGUCCAGUGUCUCUUUUUUAAAAAACAUUUUUUAUCGUAAGCCAGCCUCUUGAAUUGUAACAUUCCAUAAGAUGUCUUCAUCUUCAAUGUAUCUCCCUUUUUAUCUGUAACAUUGACACAUACAAAUAAAGCUCAUGUCUCUCA